AUGUCGACGAUGCUUGCUGGUCGUACCCUCGCCCGCGCAGCUGCGCAGCCCAGGGCUCUGGGUGCUGCACCCGCAAAUACCAGGAACAUGGCCACUCUCCGGGAAAUUGAGCUGCGCCUCAAGUCCGUCAGGAACAUCGAGAAAAUCACCAAGUCGAUGAAAAUGAUUGCUUCGACUAAGCUUGCAAAGGCCCAGAGGGCUAUGGAAGCUGGCAAGCAGUACGGUAUCGCCAAUAAGGAGGUCUUCCAACAUGUUCCUUCAGACAAGCCCACGCCCAACAAACUUUUCCUUAUCAUCUCCUCCGACAAGGGUCUUUGUGGUGGUAUCCACUCCUCCGUGUCCAAGGCUACUCGCCGAGCCCUCGAAGACUCCCCGCUCGCUGGUGCCAGCGCCAACGACUCCACCGUCGACCCUUCCUCCUCCAUCAUGAUCAUCGGUGAUAAAUCCAAGGCCCAGAUGCAGCGUGCUCUCAGCGGCAACAUCCAGCUUACAUUCAACCAAAUCGGACGCGACAUCCCUACCUUUGCGGACGCUGCAGCAGUUGCCGACCUCAUCACCCAGAGCGGCGUCAAGUUCGACUCGGUUGUCCUUGUUUACAACAAGUUUGUGUCAGCGAUCUCGUACGAGGCUGCAGCCGUGGAAGUUAAGGGCGAGGAGGCGUUGAGGGAGAGCGACGCCUUCAAAGUAUACGAAAACGAGGACGAUGCCACCAAGGAUCUUGCUGAAUUCUCCCUCGCUAAUGCCAUCUAUGCUGCUCUGACUGAAGGCCAUGCCUGUGAACAGAGUGCUCGCCGCAACGCCAUGGACAAUGCGUCCAAGAACGCCACCGACAUGAUUGCCUCCCUCCAGAUGCAGUACAACCGUGGUCGCCAAGCCGCCAUCACGAACGAGCUGGUGGAUAUCAUUACUGGUGCUUCUGCUCUGUAA